AUGCCUCGUUUGCAGCCUGUUUACUCAGAGUUUUUCGACAGUCCCCUGACAGAAGACGUGGAGGAACUCCUGGCUCGUUUCCAGCAGACUGACUCAAUCAGAUAUGAGAAGUUUUCAGUUAUUUGGAGGGACAUGGGCUUCUCUGAUGUCUUUAUAGGUGUCAACCGUGUGGGUGAACUGAAGAGAUUUUGUAGAAUAACGUUGGCUACAGCUGUGAAGUACUUCCUGCCUCCAUACAGCUACCAGAUUCGGGUAGGAGGCCUGUAUCUGAUGUUUGGUUUUUACCACACACAACCUGUGGUUCCGCCAGUGAGGAUCAGACUCGCGCUGAGGGUUUGGGCUUCAGUUCAAAAGUUUCUCAGGGAGUCUGUGGAUUCUGGGCAUCAGGAUGUUGUUUACAUUUAUGAAAAGCUUGUUGCAGUCAAAGCUAUACACUACACCGCCAUGCCACAUUUUCUGACCUUCCAGAAGCAAAGGAAGCCAAAGAAGGAACCUGUGUGCGCAGAGUUCCUAGGGAGGACCACAGCCAUCCAGGAGUUCAUGACUUCAGACAUCCUGGUGGAGUUGGACAACAUCCAGAGCCAGUAUGAGAAGCUGAAGGAGGGCACGGUGGAGGUCAGCUCCCACGUCAGCAUGACCAAUCGCAACUUGGCCACUGGCCUGAAAGCCUGCAUGUCAGAGUUCAUCACCUGGCAGCAGAAGGCUUUCUCACAGGAUCACAAAGAUGAGAACUCUGAGACCAGCAGCAGCAGGGCCAGGCUUCUGUCCUCAAUCAAGCAGAAGAGCUACAGAAACGUCCAAGAGGCCUCAAAGUCCAGGAGGCACCGACAGGCCCAGGCAGCAGAGUUGUCCGGCUCAGGGGCGGAGCAGGUCCAGGAGGCAGCUCUGCAGAAGAAGAGGCCUCUGUCACUGCGGGCUCGGACUUGGAAGAGUCUCGGGGUGACGCAGGAGGAGAGCAAGUUCCAGGCCUGGCUCCUGAGUGCUCCUGAGCAGCAGGAGAGGGUGCCGGUGAAGAGGACCAACCACGUAGCACCUUUCAGAGCUUGA